AUGAAUGAUCGUAGAGAUCAUUACCCGAAUUAUUCAUUUGAGUUCAUUCAUGAUGGAAAUAUGUUGGCUGCUACAUUUUGGGCAGAUGAAAGAGAAAAGGCUUUUUAUGCAGAGUUUGGAGAAGUUAUAUCUUUUGAUGCAACUUUUAGAACAAACAAGUAUAAAAUGGUAUUUGUUCCAUUCAUAACAGUUAACCACCACAAGAAAUCAGUUCCUGUUGGCGCUAGGUUGCUGAGUAAAGAGACAAUUGAGUCUUAUGAAUGGCUAAUUAAAGAUUUUCUUAGAUCUCAUGAAGAGGUUACUGGUGAUUUAUUUAAAAACAAAGACUUCAAGAAAAGACUUAACAAGCUUGUAUGGAACAUGCAUAUCAAAACUGAUCAAUUUGAGAAGAAGUGGGAGUUGAUUAUUAAUGAAUUCAACCUCAAAGAUAAAAGAUGGUUCAAUGUUAUGUUCGAAUUACAUGAAAAAUGGAUACCUGCAUACUUCAGUGACACUAGAAUGUUUGGAUUGAUGAAAACCACUUCAAGAUCAGAAAGCAUGAAUUCCUUCUUCAACACUUACUCGUAA